UUUUCUUCUUUGCCUCUCUCUGGACGGCUGAGCAGAGGAGUCUGGUUGCUCCAGCCAUGGGCACCACAACUGUUAUUGCUGCCUCUGGUUUGUGUGAGGGCGAGAAAUCCACAGGCCUGGACAUCUGACUGGGUGGACCCUCUCUGUGAGCCGACUCAGAAGGGUUGGGAAAGCAGCACUGGAGACAUCCGGGGACUCCAGCUUCCAUGCCAUCGCUGCCUUGCUCCCAAAGGGUGAUGUUGGACUCGGUGACACACAGCACCUUCCUGCCCAACCCGCCCUUCUACGACCCCCUGAUGUCGUGGACAGAUCUGUUCAGCAAUGAGGAGUAUUACCCGGCCUUUGAGCAUCAGACAGCUUGUGACUCCUACUGGACAUCAGUCCACCCCGAGUACUGGACGAAGCGCCACGUCUGGGAGUGGCUGCAGUUCUGCUGCGAUCAAUACAAGCUGGACGCCAACUGCAUCUCCUUCUGCCAUUUCAACAUCAGCGGCCUGCAGCUAUGCAGCAUGACCCAGGAGGAGUUCGUGGAGGCAGCGGGCAUCUGCGGCGAGUACCUGUACUUCAUCCUGCAGAACAUCCGCACGCAAGGUUACUCCUUUUUCAAUGACACCGAGGAUACCAAGGCCACCAUCAAAGACUAUGCUGAUUCCAACUGCUUGAAAGCCAGUGGCAUCAAAAGUCAAGAUAGCCAGAGUAGUGGUCGGACAAGCCUCCAAAGUUCUCAUCUGUGGGAAUUUGUGCGAGACUUGCUUCUAUCUCCUGAAGAAAACUGUGGCAUUCUGGAAUGGGAAGACAGGGAACAAGGUAUUUUUCGGGUGGUUAAAUCAGAAGCCCUGGCAAAGAUGUGGGGACAAAGGAAGAAAAACGACAGGAUGACCUAUGAGAAGUUGAGUAGAGCUCUGAGAUAUUACUAUAAAACAGGAAUUUUGGAGCGGGUUGACCGACGGUUAGUGUACAAGUUUGGAAAAAAUGCACAUGGCUGGCAGGAAGACAAGCUAUGAUCUGUUCCAAGCAUCAAGUUCAUUUUAUGGAUUUCUGCCUUUGAAAACAAUCAGAUUGUGACAGACAUUUGAAAGUCUUUAUUUUAAACCUACAAAUGUGCUGAUAAAAUUUCUCUUCAUCUCAGCUUACAUUUGGACUCAGUUGUUGUCUACUUGGGGUGACGGCUACAGCCCUUCAGAAAUCUCCCUCUCCCCAAGGGGAGGAAGGGAUAGUCUUUUAUGGUUUGUUGAUCUAAUAUUAUUUCCCUAAUCAAAAGUUGCAGAGCCACAAUAGCCAAUGUCAUUGGUGCUGCUCCAAGAAAAGACCUAAUUCUGGGCUGGGAAUUUAGCUCAGUGGUUUUGCCCACUGCUGCGCAAGCACAAGGACCCGAGUUCGAUCCCCGGUACCAAAAAAAAAAAAAAGAAAGACCUAAUUCUGUCAUCCGAUACUCCUAUUCCCAAGCUUCCAACAUGGUCAACGUGGUUAACUGUGGCAGCUCACAAGAAAAAAUCAUGAUUAGUGUGUAAUUUAUAGUAGGAGAGAGUAAGAUGUAAGUCAUACAUUCUUUAGAUUUUAAAUGAUUAAAGUCAAAUCCCAUAGAAAAAGUUUCUUUUAAAAAAAGGUCAGCCAUUAAGCUGGGACAUAAUUGGAUUCAGCGUAGGUUAAUAGUAGGUUUCUUAACCACAACAUCUUUUUGACCACUCAGCAAAACUCCCUUUUGGAGUCACACACUUAAAAUUAACCAUAUUAUUAACUGCCACUAAGACUGUUUCCUCUCCUCUCCUAAUGGAUGGCUACCAUCAGAUAUGCAAAGAGCUAGCCAACAGACAUGCACAACAAUUUUCAAAUCUCUGCUGUCUCUGUGAUUCCAGCCGUCAACAGGAUAAAAUCAUAAUUUGUUGAUUCUGUCUGAAGUCAAGACAUUAAACCUUUAUAGAACUGGAUAUGUCCCAGUGACCUGUGAGUUUCUUUUGGUUUGUCUUCUUACCUGAUGAGUACUCAAGUUCUAAAACACAUUUCCUUGACAAAAAUAGCAACGUACCUUUCACUGGCAUGUAAGUCAUAGUGACCUACAACUAGGUGGCCUGGCCCUGAGCCUCAGACUUCACUGGAGCUGACCGUCAAGCGCUGAGGCACUGAACCACAAUACAGGCUGCAGACCUGGUUUUUUUAAAAAAAGAAAAUGUGAAUUACUGUAAAAUAAUCUAUUUUUGGACUCAUGUGUUUUCCAGGUGUUUAGAGUUUGUAAACAAUGUGAAUAAAUUAUUUAACAUA